GCAGAGAGAAAAAGACAGCUGGACCGCACUGUCCCGAAAGACAGACUUUAACAGCUGACAAAUAUUCUAAGGAGACAGAGACGCUCCUAAUAGUUCGGUCUGGAAUCUGUAACUUUUGAAUGCGGAGCGUGACUGUUCAUUACGUUUUAUGUUGCAUUUUUAUUUAUUGCAUUCUGAAGCCACAGUCAGCAGUGAUAUUAAAUUUUGUUUUGCACUGGAUUUAGGUGAAUUUUAGUAUUUUUCCUCUUCUUAUUUUUAAGAUAGUUUUGGGCACUCACUGCACAAGAUAUUUUUGCAAAUAGUUGCAAACUUUACACGGAUUUUCGCUGCAACUUUACAUUCAGUAAAAGGUUAUUUUCCCAUUUUGGGAUUCAAGAGGAAUAUGAUGGGGUUUGCGCCUUUGGCGAUCUCUUUGCUGUGUACUAUUUGCGUUAGCGCCGGGCGCAACGCGUUUGAGGAGAGUACGGUGGUGCCGGUUCGGCUCGACCCGGAUCUAAGUCGGACCCUUAACGUCGAGGCGCAAGAGAAGGAGUCAGAAAAACGCAUCUAUCGUUUGGACGUGUUUGGCGAGCAGAUGGUCUUGGAGCUAGAGCCGGACCACACAUUCCUGGCGCCCGGGUUUGUCUUCCAUGUGGUGGGUAAUCCUGGUUCGACCCCGCAACCGGAGUCUGACAGUGGAGCGGAGGCACGGUGCUUUUUCUCAGGAACGGUCAAUGGCGAUGCCAACUCCGCCGCUGCGCUUAAUCUGUGCGGAGGACUUCAAGGCGGCUUCUACCUGAAUGGCCAAGAGUACUUCAUCCGGCCACUCAAUGGCAGCGCAGUCACCGAGCCCACAGAUGAGGAUCUUCACGUUAUCCAGCGCCGGAGCAGGGGGUUCAUGGCCGAGGAGGGCAGCUCUAAAUGUGGCGUUAACGAGGAGGAGGAACGGGUCAAGGAGAGCCCAGAGAAGCAUACCAUGAAUCUGGACUCAAACUCUGAUUCAAAAGCGCACCAUCGUUCCCGGCGAUUCGUGUCCACCCCUCGCUAUGUCGAAAUCAUGCUGGUGGCUGACCAGUCCAUGGCGGAGUUCCAUGGCGCGGGCCUGAAGCCAUACCUCAUGACCAUCAUGGCGGUAGCAUCGCGCCUCUAUCGCCACCCCACCAUCCACAACUCCAUCACUCUGGCCGUGGUGAAGCUUCUCGUGGUGUACGACGAGCAGCACGGACCAGACGUCUCAUCCAACGCCGCGCUGACGCUCAGGAACUUCUGCCAGUGGCAACGGCAGCACAACCCGGCCAGUGACCACAACCCUGAGCAUUACGACACAGCGGUGCUGUUCACCAGACAGGAUUUGUGUGGCGCCCACUCCUGUGACACUCUAGGUAUGGCAGAUGUGGGCACUGUGUGUGACCCGGAUAGAAGUUGCUCCAUUAUUGAGGAUGAUGGACUACAGGCAGCCUUCACUGUGGCACACGAACUUGGUCAUGUUUUCAACAUGCCCCAUGAUGAUGCCAAACAGUGUGCCAGUGUCAACGGUGACCACUGGAGCUCUCACAUGAUGGCGUCCACCCUCUCCAACCUGGACCAGCUGCGGCCCUGGUCCCCGUGCAGUGCCCUGAUGAUCACCUCCUUUCUGGACAAUGGCCAUGGCCAGUGCCUCCUGGACAAGCCCCAGAAGCCCCAGCAGCUGCCCCAGGCCCUGCCAGGCACCCUGUACGAUGCAGAUCGCCAGUGCCGCCUGACGUUCGGCGAAGAGUCCCAGCACUGUCCCGACCUGAGCACCACAUGUGCCGCACUGUGGUGCACGGUCACCACUGCCAAUGGCCUGCUGGUGUGCCAGACAAAGAACUUCCCGUGGGCCGACGGCACGCCCUGCGGACGUGACAGCUACUGCCUGGCCGGCCAGUGUCUCAGCACGAGUGAAGCAGCCAGACACCAGACUCCAGUCAAUGGUGGUUGGGGUACUUGGGGCCCGUGGGGCGAGUGUUCGCGUACUUGUGGAGGUGGCGUGCAGUAUUCCUUCCGCGACUGCAACAGCCCCAUACCCAAAAAUGGAGGCAAAUACUGUGAAGGCAAAAGGAUCCAGUAUCGUUCUUGCAACACUGAGACCUGCCCUGAUAGCAAUGGUUUGUCAUUCCGCGAAGAGCAGUGUCUGGCCCACAAUGAUAUCUCCUCCCAGGUGUCAUUCGGAUCAAGUGGGGGAGUUGAGUGGGUGCCGAAAUAUGCCGGAGUGUCACCCAAAGACCGCUGUAAGCUGGUGUGCCGGGCUAAGGGAACAGGCUACUUCUUCAUCCUGAAACCUAAGGUGGCUGAUGGCACUCCCUGCACCCCAGACUCGACAUCAGUGUGCGUGCAAGGCCAGUGUGUCAAGGCAGGCUGCGAUCGCAUCAUCGGCUCUAACAAGCGCUUUGAUAAGUGCGGUGUCUGUGGUGGUGAUGGGUCCACAUGCAAGAAGGUGUCUGGUUCUUUGGAUCGUGCAAGGCCUGGUUAUCAGGAUGUCGUGACUAUCCCUGCUGGUGCUACUCUGGUGGAUGUCAAACAACGUAGCCCUGGCAGCCGUGGUAGUGACAACAGCUACCUGGCAGUCAAGCGUCAGGACGGCACUUACCUUCUGAAUGGUGACUACAAACUGACGACGCUCGAGACAGACAUCUCCCUGCGGGGGUUGCUGCUACGCUACAGCGGCUCAUACGCCCCCCUGGAGCGUCUACGGAGCUUCUCUCCACUGCCCGAGCCCCUGACCAUCCAGGUGCUGUCCGUGGGUGAGUCGCCAAGACCGCGGGUCAAGUACAGCUACUUCACCCCGCGUCCCGCUUCCGCUGGGCCUUCCUCAGGAGGCUCCCAGAACCGGCCGUCCAUCAACGCCAUCCGGGAGGUUGGCGGGGCCGAGUGGACCCUGCGUGAGUGGGGGCCCUGCUCGCAGACCUGCGGCAGCGGCACGCAGCAGCGCGAGGUGCUAUGUCUGGACACCCACGGGCGCCAGUCGCGCGACUGCCCAGAGGAGCUCCGGCCGGCCGCCACCCGCUCCUGCUCCACCCAGCCCUGCCCCUCCUGGCUGCUGGGCGAGUGGUCCAACUGCUCCAAGACGUGCGGCAGGGGCUUCCGCAAGCGCAUGCUGCGCUGUGUGGGGCACGACGGCCGGACACUGCCCAACGAGAGCUGCAAUGCCAAAGACAGGCCGCGGCCCCUGCUUGACCUGUGCAACCAGAGCGCCUGCUAGGACCGUGCAUCUGGGCCCUGCCAUUUCGAACAGCCGCUCCGAUAGCCUGAGCCAGUUUUCCCUAACGAAUGCAGGCUUUAAAGGGAUUCAGUAGAGUCCCCCCACCCUGUUUGGCAAUGACUGCAGACCAGCCUUGAGUGCAGUGGUUAAAGAGGCUGUCUUGUUGGCAUCCUGGUAAUCCUGGCAAUGGACAAAUGCUAAGAGACACUGCCAGAUCUUCAGCACACAAACACUUGGCACGGUCAGACUCUUUUGCCCUCCACCUUUAUUCCAUGCCAUAUGGCACAGAUUGGCAUAGCAUUACCGAGGUGAUGGAAAUAGGAAAAGCCUGAGGAGCAGACCUGUCUCUUCCCCAGGUGUGCUGUUUCCUGUGCCAACAUCAUACAUGUGUUAAUGUGUGUGUGUGUGUGUGUGUGUGUGUGUGUGUGUGUGUGUGUGUAUGUGUGCAUGUGCUAAUGUAUGCAUGCAUGUUCUCAUGUGUAUGUGUGUAGUCAUGUUUAUAUAUUCUGUUCGAGCUGGACUGGACAGACAGAUUUAUUUUAAAUUAGCGCAGAGGAGUUAUUGAGGAAGGAGAGAAUGUUACCGAGGGAAAUGCAGGAAUUCAACCGAAAAGGACACCUUAAAAGAAGUGAGCAUAGAAGUUUGGAAUUUGGCUAUACUGGUGUGUCAAAUCUUCUCUGGACUUGUCUGAAGACAUUCCACAGCAGGUAUCUUAGGAGGAGGAGGGGGAGAGUCAAAGGAUGCUAUCAAUCAUCGUACACAUUAAAAGCAACACAACUUAACGUUUUUCACACCUAUUUAAAUUUCAAUACUACAUUGUCAAGCUCUCUGAAGUGUCCAUUCCGUUCCUGUUGCAUACGCUGCUAUUUUAAGAAAAGAAAAAAAAAGUAUGUUUUUCUUUGCUGUUUAACAUUCACAAGCUACCCAUCAUAUUGGAAGAUUCUGGGAGGAAGGGUGCAAAAUGACAUCCCUCCCAUUUCCAAGCCUAGUCUUGCCAGGAGGGAGGUGGCAUAAAGAGGGGAGGGACAACUACGGGGAGUGAGAAAGACCAAAGAUAGUUUUUUUUUUCCAGUGCCUUAGCAGGAGUGUGUAGUACUAUUUGUAUGUGUGUGUAUGAGUGCGGAGAUGUACUGAGGGACUUCUCUCCUGAUAAUACUUCAUAAGUAAGUCUCUCCUACCUUCUAAGAAGGUCUGUGCCUUUGGUUUGUUUUUUUGUUUUUUUUUAUUAGGUGUUUUUGUACAGAAUAUCCAAACAUUAUUUAUUUUUGUACAGCCUGUUUAAUAUAAUCUUGUGGCUUUUAUUAUUAUUGUAUUUUUUAUUUGUUAUUAUUAUUGAAAUAACAGAGGGGUGUAGAGUCUAUAGAGUAUUUAUACUGUCUGAUAUAUAUGGUCUUAGGUUUAUAAAUAAAGUAUCAAAUUGACCCAUG